AUGAAAACCACCAGUUGGAUUAGGAAGAACUGGCUUCUUGUUGCUGGCGUUUCUUUCAUAGGUGUCCAUCUUGGGACCUACGUUAUACAGUGGGCUGCAAAACAGUCUGUAAAAUCUCAGUCCGGAAGCAAACAGAAGAUUAUCAAAGAAUGA